GCCGUGGGGGAUGGGAGGAGUCAACUACGCCAGACGGAGCAAGACGGCGGUGGCGACGCAUGAGGAGCACGACGAGCAAGACUCCUCCUGGGAGGAGCUGCCUACGCCGCCGCGGUCGCCGCCCCUGCCCGCCGGCACCGGCUGGAGCCCGCGCCCCGCCGCCGGGACGGCCCGAGGGCCAGAAAUGCUGGGCGCAGGGGGUGCCGCGGGGGCCAAGCCACCUAAGCCCUCCUUCGUCUCCUACAUUAGCCCUGAGGAAGUACACUUAAAAGAAUCAAUUGAAAAGGAAGUAAAGCCUCACUUAUUGCCAGGUGAAAUGCUGCUUUGUGAAGCGGACAUGGUUUUGAAGUGUAUACAAGAUGAUGGAUCAAAUCGUGGCACAUAUGGGAAACUUAUUUGCACAAAUUUUAAGAUCUCAUUCCUUGGGUAUUGUGCUUUAGAAGAGGAGCCACAGUUUAAGAAUAAAGUCAUUGGGGAAAAUGACAUCACUCUUCAAUGCGUAGACCAGCUCUAUGGAAUUUAUGAUGACAGAAGAAAACUUUUAUGCAAUCAACUGAGAAGAUACCCAGAGAAAAUCAUUAUCUACUGCAAAGAUCUGAGAGUGUUUCACUUCUGUUUGAGGUACACAAAAGAAGAAGAAGUAAAAAGGAUUGUCAGUGGCAUAAUUCAUCACACACAGACGCCUAAGCUAUUUAAACGCUUGUUUCUGUUCUCUUAUGCAACAGCUGCACCUAAAGAUACAGAAAUAAAAAAUCAAACAGUGAUGUUUGACACCAUUAGAGACUGGCGUCAGGAGUUGGAACGGACCAAAGGGAACCUGAAGUUCAAAGCUGUGAGUGCUAAUGAAGACUACAAAGUCUCUAAACAGUUGCCACCCUACUUUGUUGUUCCCAUGGCUGUCUCUGAAGACAGUCUUCUGCAGUAUCAAGGAAAAGGAGUUCCAAUCUGGUGCUGGUCUUGCCAUAAUGGUGCUGCUCUUCUCAAAAUGUCAGCUUUCCCCAAAGAACAAGAUGACAGUACUUCACAGAUGCACAGAAUCUUCUUGGAAGGCAUGUACAAGACAGUUAAUAGGCCACCUUAUGAAGCCAUGAAAAUUGAUGACUUUUCAAGCAGUCUUCCAUCUGUACAAGAUAUCCAAACUGCAUAUACUAAAUUUAAACAGCUGUUUCUAGUAGAUAAUAGUUCAGACUUCUGGGAUACUGAUGUGAAAUGGUUUUCAUUACUGGAAAGUACAAAUUGGCAAGAAAUCAUAAGACGGUAUCUGAGAAAAGCAAUAGAGGUUAUUGACUUUCUGGAAGCACAGAAUAUAAAUGUUCUCCUUGUAGAGGAGAAUGCUUCGGACUUGUGCUGUGUGGUCGCCAGUCUGGUUCAAAUUAUGAUGGAUUCAUAUUGCAGAACAAAGCUAGGAUUUCAGAGCCUCAUUCAGAAAGAAUGGAUAAUGGGAGGGCAUGCUUUUUUGAAUCGAUGCAACCAUCUGCGGCAGACUGAAAGAGAAGAGGCCCCCGUUUUCUUGCUCUUCUUGGAUUGUGUCUGGCAGCUGGUUCAGCAGUAUCCCCCAGCAUUUGAGUUCACAGAGACUUACUUAACUGUCUUGUCGGAUUGCUUGUACAUACCUAUAUUCAGCACUUUCUUCUUCAAUUGUCAACAUCAGAAAGAUACCGCUGUGACUUGUGGAAGCUAUGAUGCAGAAAUUGGUCCUCUUAGCUUCCUUUCUGUUUGGGAUUGGCCUGUGCAGUUUGAAUCUGAAGCCCUGGCUUUGCUUAAUAACCCCCUUUAUGCAGAAAAACCAAAAUUAGAUAAAAACCAGAGGAAAACCACAAGAUUCAAGCAUCAACGGCAACUUUCAUUGCCCCUGACACAAAGCAAACCACCCCCCAAAAGAGGUUUUUUUAAGGAGGAAACUGAUCAACUGAUUAAAAACAUUCUGGGCAAAAGAAUCAGUAGGCUGAUAACUUCUUCUGAUGAACUUCAAAGUACCUCUAGAGAGUUCUAUGACAGCUGGCACGAUAAACCUGUCGACUUGCAUGGGAUCCUGCUGCCCCGCCUUGAAGGGCCAGGAAUCAGAGUGUGGACACAGAGGUAUUUACGCUGGAUCCCCGAAGCCCAGCUUCCCGAUGGUGGCGCAGUUUCCACGGCAACUACAAUCUUGGACAUGAUGGAAGAUGUACAGAGCUUGCAGAAGAAGGUGGAUGAAAAACACAGUGAGGUUCUGUCUUCAGAAAUGGAAACUUUUGCCUUAACAAGAAAUCCUGCUCGCUUGUCAUCUCUAUUUCCAUUUGCUCUGCUUCAAAGACGUUCCUUCAAGCCAGUCUUACCUACUAGUACUUGGAAGGACUUGGGAAGCGAGGAAGACUUGGCCAGGAGAGACGAUGAUUUUGUUGAAAUAGGUGAUGAUUGACAUGAAGCUAGUUGAUGUUUGAUAUAAAGCUAGUUUUUUUUAAAAAAAAUUGCCCAAAUAAAAGUUCUGACACUUUUUCAGUCUACCAGCCUGUUUAAAAAUUGGCUUUUAGUGGUGGGCUUUCCCUUCUCACUAAAGCUGACUUGUGAAUUUUUAGCACUUGCUUAUUUAUUUUUUUACAAACCCCAAUAUUUUUCCAGAUCGGUUUAAAUCCAGCAUAGUUGAAUCAAGACUCCUUGCAGUAGGAAUGGGGAGAUGCAUAGCUGUAUUCAGAAGCUGGAUUUUAGUUGCUCUGUUACUGCAGAAAUAAUUGUCAGACUUCUGAAAGAAGCUAGCUGUGCAGAUACAUAAAGUGGCACAUAGUACAAGAAUUGGAACCCUGGCUAGCAUUAGUCUUCAUCUUAAAUUAUAUAGAAGCCUGGUAAUACUAUUUGUAUAUCUUUAAUUUCUUCUUUUAAAAUUCUGCUACUUAUUGAGAAGUCAUCACACCUUUCCUGUAAGCUGCCAUACAACUAGCCUUGUUCUUUGACUCAUCCAUCCUACUGUUUCUGGUAGGUAGAGAUCUCAUUCUAUGAAAAUUGGAGUCUUAGAAUAAUAACCUUAAUAAAGAAGUUUUCUAAUUUGGUAUUCAGGUAUCUCUUCUGUCUCUCAGCAAGUCUGUCUUUGUGCUUCCUUCGCAUGGAUUCUUUUGCCUUUGGUAUGUGACUCCAGGUCACUCACAGCCAAACACAAGAAAGGGUAGAACGUUAAGAUCCCAGGAUCCUGAUUCCAAACAGGGUGCUCACUCUGAUCUUCCUUAGUAAUGCUUUCAAGGUUCCUCAUAGCUUGCACUGAGUCUCUUGAGUUGUCCUGUUAGAAUGGCCAACUGAAGAGGUGUACUGAGCAUGAAACUGAAUUUUAUUACCUAGUACUACUGUUAUUAUAAGCAUGGGAUUAUAGCCAACUAUGAAUGUAAAAAAGGUUGUGCAUUGGAAUUGGGCUGCUGGGUGUUAUAAAAGCCAUGCAAGAGAUGCCUUUUGAAUCUCUUUGGUUUUUGCAUGUGCUAAGGAGAUAUGGUUGUACUCAGCAACCUUUUCUUGCUUCUGCGAGAGAUCAGAUAGGUGGUCUGAAUGUAAUUACGUAAAUCCAGAAAUAGCCCACAAAGCCCAACUGACUUGUACAGCCUUUUCUUUUUUUGAAGGCCACACUAGCGUGUGACAACUUAUUGUCCUCCUUGAUGGUUUAGGGGCACAACUUGAAAUUUGCUUCACAUUGUAUCCCUGCAUUUGUUUUUGUUUGAAUUUGUUGAGAGCAAAAAGUUACACUUCUGGCACCAGAUGGGUUUCUGAAAGAGUAAACAAGUUGAUGUUGCUGAAUGUCAAAUGGGAACCUUUCACAUCCGUGUUGCCUUAUGAAUUGUUGUACUGUGGGCUUCCUGAGCCUUCAGUCUCUUUGAAAUGUUCAGUCCUUUUUGUAUAUUGGCUGCCUUAAAAGCUAGCGUUGCACAAUUUUCCUUGAAAGGUCUUCAGUGUGUUUGCAAUAAUGGCUGCUCUGUAGCUAAUGUAGGCCAUAUUUCUCUACCAAUUAUGGUUAAUUUAAAAACACUAACAUUGAAAAAUGUAGUUUUCUUAAAUAUGAUUUUGACAGCCAAGUAGUUGUAAUAUAUUGAUAAUGGAAAUGUAUUUAUCAAAGCUGUCAUAUUCUUGGGUUUAUAGGAAUCUUUCAAAUGGCUAUGUAUAUAUGGAGGAAUUUUUAUAAUGGUUUAUGGAAUCACUUCACUUUAAUGGGGAAGGGCACACAAUUGAUGAAUGUCCAGAACACAAUCACAGUAGGGUUGAAAAUAGACUUAACAUACUUAAGUGAUUUCCCCCAAAGGUAUUGUAUUUGUUCCUCCAGUUUUUACACUGAAUGCAAACUUGUAGCUUUAACAGUACUUUUUAAGAACUCUAAAACUCAAAUAACUCUAGGUUAUUUAGGCAAAUGAAUUUGUUUAAUAAAAUGUACUUUUUACUGUUUAAA